UCCUCUUUUCACUUUGCUCAAGAGGAGGGGGAGAAAAUUUGAGCUGGAGCAUCAUUCAAAGGUAAUUCAUUUCCACCUUUUGUCUUACAGCCUCUGAGAUCUGGGACAGCAAAAGCCAAUAUAUUUCUCAUUUUAGGAUCAGUUUCUUUCACUGGCAUCGCUACGUAGCUUAGAUACAGUCUAAAGAUGAGCAACGAGGAGGUGACUUACUCGACCCUGAGAUUUCUUCAGUCUCCUUCAAAGGCACAGAGUAGACUAGGACCUCAUGCAACUGAAAGGCCUAGAAAAGCUGAUGACAAAGGAUUUGCGGGGCCCUGGCAUCUCAUUGCAGCAGCUCUUGGGAUCCUUUGCUUACUUCUGUUGACGGCAGUUGUAGUAUUGGUGAUAAAGAUUUUUCAGGAAAAAAAUGAAAAGGAAAAAAUUGCAGAAGACCUCAGGCAAGCACACAUUACACAAAAUAACAGCUCUUUAAAGGAACUUUUGACAAAUAGGACUUUAGAAUAUGACAUUGUUAAAAAUAAAUUGGAUCAGACAAUUAAACAAUGUCAUGGGAAGGAGAAAACCGCUGCGAAACCUUUGCGAGUUACAGGCAAAACUUGUGAGGGGUACUUGACCUGCUAUGGAGUAAAGUGUUAUUAUAUUAUCAUGGACAAUAAAACCUGGGAGAAAUGUAAGCAGACUUGUCAAAAACAUGGAUUAUCCCUUUUAAAGAUAGAUGAUAAAGAUGAACUGGCCUUCCUUCGACCCCUGCUUGGUCCAAAUCAGUGCUGGAUCGGGCUAUUUUUUGACCCAGGGGAAAACAGAUGGAUAUGGAUGGGGAAUGGCACGUCUGGAAUGUGA